AAAUUGCCCUCAUCAUUAUCUCCAGGCUUGUCAAUCAUACAUAUUCGCUUAUUUACCUCUGAGAAGGCGAGAGCGCUAGGAGCGAAGAGGAAAACGAGAAAGUGCGUGCUCAAGAGAGGAGAGGUGUUUGUGUAAAACUUCACGCCAGGGGAGGCAGUCACCAUCCAGGAUGGCAACCAUCACCUGCACCCGGUUCACGGAAGAAUAUCAGCUCUUUGAAGAGCUGGGGAAAGGUGCUUUCUCAAUUGUCAGGAGGUGUGUGAAGGUGUUGUCAGGACAAGAAUAUGCUGCCAAGAUCAUAAACACCAAGAAGCUCUCAGCUCGUGAUCAUCAGAAGCUGGAACGAGAGGCUCGGAUCUGCCGUCUCCUGAAGCAUCCUAAUAUAGUGAGGCUUCAUGACAGCAUAUCAGAGGAGGCACACCACUACCUGAUAUUUGACCUGGUGACAGGCGGAGAACUGUUUGAGGACAUCGUUGCUAGAGAAUACUAUAGUGAAGCAGAUGCCAGUCACUGCAUUCAACAGAUCCUGGAAGCUGUCUUACAUUGCCACCAGAUGGGUGUGGUGCACCGGGAUUUAAAGCCGGAGAACCUCCUGCUGGCAUCCAAACUGAAGGGAGCUGCUGUAAAACUGGCUGACUUUGGCCUUGCCAUUGAAGUGGAAGGGGAGCAGCAGGCUUGGUUUGGUUUUGCAGGUACUCCAGGCUACCUUUCGCCCGAGGUGCUCCGAAAGGACCCCUAUGGCAAAGCUGUGGACUUGUGGGCAUGUGGAGUUAUUCUGUAUAUUCUGCUGGUUGGCUAUCCUCCUUUCUGGGAUGAGGAUCAACAUCGACUAUACCAGCAGAUCAAAGCUGGAGCCUAUGAUUUUCCUUCUCCCGAGUGGGAUACUGUCACUCCUGAAGCAAAAGAUCUCAUCAAUAAAAUGUUGACAAUCAACCCAUCCAAACGUAUCACAGCGGCUGAAGCUCUGAAGCACCCAUGGAUAUCACACCGUUCCACUGUGGCAUCUUGUAUGCACAGGCAGGAGACUGUGGACUGCUUGAAGAAGUUCAAUGCCAGAAGGAAGCUAAAGGGUGCAAUCCUCACUACAAUGCUAGCAACCCGGAAUUUUUCUGGAGGGAAAAGUGGUGGCAACAAGAAGAACGAUGGCGUCAAGAAAAGAAAGUCCAGUUCCAGCGUUCAGUUAAUGGAAUCUUCAGAGAGCACAAACACCACCAUUGAGGAUGAAGACACCAAAGUACGAAAACAGGAAAUCAUUAAGGUGACGGAGCAGCUGAUUGAAGCAAUAAGCAAUGGGGACUUUGAGUCCUACACGAAAAUGUGUGACCCUGGGAUGACAGCUUUUGAACCAGAAGCUCUAGGGAACCUUGUGGAAGGGCUGGAUUUCCAUAGAUUCUACUUUGAAAACUUGUGGUCUAGAAACAGCAAGCCGGUGCACACUACCAUCCUGAACCCUCACAUCCACUUAAUGGGAGAUGAAUCUGCCUGUAUUGCCUACAUCCGCAUCACGCAGUACGUCGACACCAGUGGGAUCCCUCGCACUGCACAGUCGGAGGAGACCCGAAUCUGGCACCGCCGGGAUGGCAAAUGGCAAAUUGUUCACUUCCACAGAUCUGGAGCACCUUCUGUCUUACCACACUGAAGCAUCAGCCCCUCAGGCCAGGUUUCUCACUGCCUCACUACAAAGGGAAGAUCCCUGCUAUCCUUUACCUAGGGAACUUGGCUGCUGCUGCUGACUCUCCUCCUUGGUUCUUGCUGGAAUUCCUUUCACACACAGAGCUCCUCACCAAAAUAAACCAAGAAUUUAAUAGACUUUUUUCUCCUUCUGUUUCACACGCUCUGCGUUUUGCCACUUUGUGCCAUUGUAGUAGAACAGGGCAAGACACCCUAUUGCAUGAAAAAGCUUUUCUGUGGUUAACAGGAGAAACCCAAUGUGGGGGGAUAGUAGCCUUCAGCCACUACUGCCCAUAGAGCUCAUGGAACCACCCUGGUUCAGUACUUAAAAUUAACUGUGUUUCUCACAAGGACAUGAUUUAUUUUGGUCUCUUUGCUGUUUUCUACUAAGUCUUAAGGGGCCUGAGAGAAAGGGGAGCAUGUUCCAAUGCAGAAUCAGAAGCCACCUCCUUGCAAUGGCAGAUUGAUGCCCCUCCACACAAUGCAAAGUUCUUGCUCGAUUAUGAUCUCAGCCAAAAUGAAAAAUACUUUUAUAUUGCCCCUCCUUACCUAAAUUCCAGAUCGAUAAGCAUACAUGCAACGCAAGAUUCUUGCUUGAUCAUGAACUCAAUCAUUUUAUUUAUUUUUAAAUAUUUCUAUGCCACCAUUCAUUAUCUAAAUCCGGAGCAGUUCACACUGCGCCGCUGUCACUCAUACCUACAUCUACAUCUUCUGUUCUGUGUGAAGUUAAAAUCUCAUAAGUAUCAGCCUAUAUUCAUGAAAGCCUAGUAAAAUUCUGCUGGGAUGAAUAUGGCUUUAUGGCGCAUAAAAUGCAAAAUCCAUUCUCUUCCUAGAGAACGUACCUUUUUGUGUGCCUGGACCAAUAGGGGUUCGUGACAAUUCCUUUCUCUUUUCAGAACUUGCAUGAAAUGAAACUGUUAACACUAUAUUGGCAUUAUAAUGUGUCUAAGAGCACACAAAUAAAUGAAAUGAUAGGUUAGAAAUAAGGUAUUUUUCACCUUAUUUGUAAUGCAGUGAUAUAGUUGAGGCAGUUUCUGCCACUAUCCAACACAUCAUAGAAACUUCCUUUAUUCAACUUAGUAAGGAUCUCCUAGAUGUUUCAUUUUGUUUAGAAUUCAGUUUUCUUUGAACUGGCCUUUUGCUCCUUUCUGGCAGAAUUUUGAUUCAUGCUUUCCCCCUCUGUCCCUUCAAGACUUAGAUUCACCAUUAAGAGGAAGAGGGGAGGCUGAACCUUUUUAGACCCACAAUUUCCCACAUACACACUUCAGGCAAUUUGACAGCAUUGAAGAUGCGGGCACUAUGGAAACAGAACUGCCCCUUCAAUUUGAAAUAAAAAUAGAGGCCAAUACUUUCCAGCAAAGACAGAGAAUGCAAGCUUUACUAAUGACACUUUGAGACAUUUUGAUUAUGCUUUCAAGAAACAAAAUGAAACCUUUCGCUAUCUCUUGUACUUUCAGCGCAUGCCUUUUUAUAUGAAAAACAAACAAACAAAA